AUGACGACACUUCCAGACCAGCCUCCAGAGCCUCUGGGCGGACGUCAGCGCCUCUACCGCCACGUCGCCGACAUGGUGGUUUCAGAGACUAUGGAUAUACUCUUCAGAAUCCGAGGAGGCCUUGAUCUAGCUUUUCAGCUAGCUACUGCUAAUGACAUUUUUAUCCAGAAGGCACUAAAACAUGUGUUGAGUGACCUGUCCGCCAAGCUGUCUUCAAAUGCACUGGUGUUCAGAAUCCGCCACAGCUCGGUGUAUGUGUGGCCUAACAGUGACAUGAACACCAUCCCAGGAGAGCUGACAGAUAGCUCUGCUUGUAAGACCUUACUGCGCUUCAUCCAAUUUGAACAGGAAGAAGAUACAACACGAAAAUUCAUGAGGAAGAAAGACAAAAAGUUAUCAGAUGUGCAUCAAGUAGUAAACAUAGAUCUCAUGCUGGAAAUGUCAACCUCUCAGACCGCCGUAACCCCCGUCAUUGAAAGAGAAAUCGGAGAACACCACUAUGUGACCAUGACGUUGCCGGUUGAUGCAGUCUUACCUGCUGCCCCCGAAGCAGCAUGGGGAAAAGUUCGUAAACUUCUAGUGGAUGCAAUUCAUAAUCAGCUAACUGAUAUGGAAAAGUGCAUUUUGAAAUACAUGAAAGGAACAUCCAUUGUGGUCCCUGAACCACUGCACUUUUUAUUGCCGGGUAGAAAAAAUCUUGUAACAAUUUCAUAUCCAUCGGGAAUUCCAGAUGGGCAGCUGCAGGCCUACAGAGAGGAGUUACACGAUCUCUUCAGUCUGCCUCAUGACAGACCUUACUUCAAAAGGUCUAAUGCUUAUCACUUUCCAGAUGAACCAUACCAAGAUGGUUACAUUAGAAAUCCACACGCUUACCUCAGUCCACCCAACAUGGAGUCUGGUAUGGUUUAUGUGGUCCAGGGCCUGUACGGUUAUCACCACUACAUGCAGGAUCGGAUGGAUGACAACGGCUGGGGCUGUGCCUAUCGAUCGCUGCAGACCAUCUGCUCUUGGUUCAAACACCAGGGAUACACAGAGAGGUCCAUCCCGACACACAGAGAAAUCCAGCAGGCUCUAGUUGAUGCCGGGGACAAACCAGCAACAUUUGUGGGAUCACGGCAGUGGAUUGGGUCCAUCGAGGUACAGCUGGUCCUGAACCAACUGAUUGGCGUAACUUCAAAAAUACUGUUUGUCAGCCAGGGUUCGGAAAUGGCCUCUCAGGGACGGGCACUGGCCAAUCACUUCCAGAGUGAAGGAACUCCGGUGAUGAUCGGGGGAGGAGUUUUGGCCCACACGAUACUGGGAGUUGCAUGGAAUGAGAUUACAGGGCAGAUAAAAUUUCUGAUUUUAGAUCCACAUUAUACAGGCGCUGAAGAUCUGCAGGUUAUUUUGGAAAAGGGCUGGUGUGGAUGGAAAGGUCCAGACUUCUGGAAUAAGGAUGCGUACUAUAACUUAUGUCUUCCUCAGCGACCAAGCAUUAUUUAAAACGAGGACCGGUGCGUGAAAUUCGUGCACUCAGGGGCGGGUCCCCUCAGCCCGGCCUGUGCCCUCUUGCAGUCUGGGAGCCCCAUGAUUGAUUGCCCCAAAGAGGUAGACCCCACACAACCAGCGGGGCUCCAAGGUGGAUCGCCCCCGCACAAGGAGGCCCCCCCCCACCCACUGCAGCCCACUGGUCGAUGGCCUGGUGCUCCUUCUGUGGGUGACCAAUCGCAUUGCACCUGCCUUAGCUGGCCUGGCGCCAGUGGGUGUCAUAGUGUGGUCGUCUGGACGGUCGUUCUGCUGUUCAGCCAUUCGGCUGAUUUGCAUAUUACACUUUUAUUAUUAUAGAUAUCUUGGACUCAAAGACUGUAGUAAAGUUUAUUAUAAAUUUGUUAAUAAAAAAUAAGUUUAAUUUUCAAAUAAA